UACUCUUCAAAUCAAAACAAGACAAAAAUAUGGCGGACGAUGACGAGAUUGACGUUUUGGGAGAUUUUUCAUUUAAUUCUUGUUUAGCGCAAAAUAAUCAAGGAAUCCCCUCUUGCUCAAGCCGGGAGGAUACGGUGCACCCACAGUGGCUACUAGACUCCACUGUCGCCAACUGGUAUGACAAUGAACGAGAAAAGAGGGCAAAAUAUGGUCCGUCUAGGAAACUGUCAGGGGACUCCAGGCUAAAACAUCAGCGCAUGCGGCACUCCUCAUGGAGCCAGGCUGAGAGGGAUUUACUUAGCAAGGAAAUGGCCAAAUAUGGAAGGAAUUUUCAUAAAAUAUCCCAAACAAUAAAAACAAAGUCAGCAGCUGAAAUACAAGCAUUAACAGAAGCAGAGUAUGGUGUCAAACUUGACGACCCUUCCGUGGGGCUCGUGAAGAAUGAAGAUCAGGAUGACAUCCCGAGUGUAGGGCAGGAAGAGAUUGUCACUGAUGACUCCAGCAUCAACAAUGUUCUGAGCCUGGUCACCACAGCCUCACCAACUAUUAUGGUACCUAAGAAACCAUUCAGGAAGAAAAACAAUAAUGUUACCCAAAAAAGUCUCAAACCCACCUUACCGAAACCUGAACUCAUUGUAAAUCCAACUGAAAUAUAUUAUGAAGAUGAACUUGUAAUAGGAUCCACAGAGUCUGUAGGAUCCCUGGAUCCAAAGGAAAACCGUGCAAAGCUAAAAACCAUGGCUAAACAAAAGAAGGUAAAAGUAAAAGCUGUAAAGAAAAUUGGUAAUCACCGGAGGAAAGUGUCAAAGAACUUUGAUAAGGGUAGAGCUAGAACUAGCAGUAAGGAACUCUUGAAGUCUCCGCAGGAGAGGCGGAGGAAGGAUUCAGGGGUGUCUGAGGAGAGCAUAAAGAGUCCUAAGUUGCAAAUUGUCUUGGGCUCGGGACAGGCGUUACAUGUUUCAGAAGGGGAGCAAGUGAUUAAAAUAGAGAAAAAGAAGGAUUCAGAAUCUGAUAGUGAUAUAGAAGUGGACAUAGACAGUGAUACUGAGAAGCCUAUCAAAACGAAAAAAAUGAAAGAUGAGUCGCCUGAGAAGGAUAGUUGCAGUGUGGUGUCUGAGUUGGAAGCUCCUAUAGCAGUGCCAUUGAAUAACUUUGGUCUGCCACCUAAGAGACAGAAGAAAAUUGUUUUGGACGGCGACGGCGGCUACACGAUCGCGCACACGGCGGCGGGCGACGUGCUGCAGCGCCGCGCGGAGCCGCGCCGCCCGCCGCCCCGGCCGCGCCCCGAGCGGCUGUUCCCCUGCCGCCUCUACAACGCCGAGCGACCCGCGCCGUAUUCAGUGGUACUGUCAGUAUCCGCCCUCCUCCUAAUGGACGCGCACGCGCACGGGUCGCGCGCCGAGGUGAUGGGGCUGCUGGGCGGGCGCCUGCGCGGCGCCGAGCUGCGGCUGCGCGCCUACCGCGCCGCCGCCGCCGCCGCCGGCACCACGCACUGCGACAUGGACCCUGUGUCUCAAGCGGCGGCGGGCGCGUGGCUGCAGGCCCGGGGGCUGCGCGUGGCGGGCUGGCACCACUCGCACCCGCGCUUCCCGCCGCAGCCCUCGGCGCUGGACGUCCGCUCGCAGGCCGCGCUGCAGGCCGCACUCGAGCCCUUCGCAGCGCUCGUCACGUCGCAACAUUGGCCGGCCGGUCGCACCGCCUCUCAAUAUAAAUGCUUCCGCGUAGAGCACCCCGCGGCAGACGAGACCGAGCCGCAAGGCUUCCAGCUCCGCGUGCGGCUGGAGCCCGACGUGACCGAGGCCUCCGCGGCCGCCCUGCUGCGCGACAUGCGAGCCCUGCUGCUCGACCAGACGCCCGACCCGCACCGCGUGCAGAUGGACAGGGACGUGUGUCCGCAGGCUAAGCUCACCUACUUGGAGAAGUGCGUAUCAAGCAUGUCGCACCACCUGCGCGCGGCCGGUUAUGCGGAUCAGACGCCGGUCUUCACGCUGCUGACGGAGGGACUGCGGGACAUCUUCCGGUAGCCCAACUAUACUCUGUCAAGCCAUUUCCGUCAGGAGAAAAGAGCGGCAAAUUUAAAAAUGUAGGCGCGAAGAGUUAUCGUCCCAUAGAAAAUUUGAAUUGCGCGCCUUUUUCUACUGACAAACUUAUUUGACCGUCUAUAGAAAUAAAAUGAUAGCAGCAUCGAAUACUUGUAUCAUAUUAUUCCAAGAUUUUUUUUACUAAUGGUAACUUUGUGAUUUCGUUUGUAUAUUUUUGAUGAUUAUUGUGCAUCACAAUUGUAACAUAAUGUGAUUUUAUUAUUUCAAAUUCCACAAUAUAUUUCAGUGACUGUGUAUUGUUUUUACGUUUUCUAUAAUUUUAUAAAACACCUUUAUGCUUAGAACCAUAUAGUUACAUAUUUGUUUUGUAUUACUGCCAGUAUUGUAUGAUUAGUUAUUGUAAAUAAAUUGCUAUAUUUGCUAUUAUAAUAUUUAUGCUACUUGGUGCAC